AUGAAGAAUGCCACAGAAAAACCCUCAGCUUCACUGGUCAUCCACUGCGUUUACCCCGGAGAGGUGGAGUCCAGGUACGGAAUAGGACAAUAUAAUCUUAGGAUUGAAAAUGCACAGCUUGAAGAUGAUGCAUCCUUUGAGUGUCAAGCUGGCCAAUCUGAGAGAAGUGAUGCAAUUAUCUCCAACAUAGCCUUCCUCACCGUACAAAUUCCUCCUUCAAAGCCAUAUUUUAUCAUGGACGUGAAGACACCCUGGGUGGCAGGGAAAAAGUAUAGGAUUGAGUGUGUGGCCCCUGACGCAAAACCUGAUGCUGAUAUCUGCCUAUAUAAAGAUGGAGUCGAUCUGACAGGUGCAACGUCUUUUACCACAUCUGGCUCAAAGGAUAAGCUUCUGAACACGCACGCCGAAGUAACGUUCACUGCUCUGAAAUCUGACAAUGGAAGAGAGCUGACAUGUCAUGCCAACAAUGAAGCCACUUCCCAGCCUGUGGUGACCACGGUGACCAUGAAUGUGUAUUAUCCACCCGAUCCGCCAUAUAUUAUUGGUUUGGAGAGAAAUGAGAUUAUAGCAGGAAAAUUGCUUGUGCUGGAGUGUGUGUCCGAUGGUGGAAACCCCCUUGCCACUCUCCAAUGGACUAAGGUAAAUUCUCUUCAACAUCUGCUAAAUCAAGAUGCAAAAAACCCACACUGGCUAUAUGAGACAUUUUAUUUCACAAAUCCCUUAGCUCUAGGUUGUCAGAAUUCUUUUGUAGUUCUGACAAAAUCCGAGAAGGUUACAUGCUUUUUUUUUUACAUGCUUGAUCCUGUGGAGUUGACGCUGUCGGGUUCGCUGGAGGCCGUCGAGGGGCAGGAGUUGACUCUGAGCUGCCAUGCUUCCUCAAGUAAUCCCGCAGUCCACAUUCGUUGGUGGCUCGGUUACAAGGAGCUCAACAACACUGGUGUUACAAUAGAAGAGGGAGAGAAUGGAGGGAUGACAACUAGCUCCAAUGUUACCCAUCAAGUCUUUCGGGAAGAUAAUGGGCUGACGCUGACCUGUGAGGCUUUUAACAAUGGCACUCAUGUCUCCAAAAUUCAGAUGGCUAAACUCACUGUAUUCUAUCCCCCUCAGAAAGUGUUCAUUGAGUCUCCGCCUGAGGAUGUUCCUCUUCGCUCAGGAACCAGGGUCAAGCUCGUUUGUCACUCCACUGGAGGGAAUCCUCCUGCGAAACUCACCUGGUUUAAGAAUGGAAAAGAAGUUUUCCUUACGCAGGCGCAAACAUCCUCUCACAUGGUUGUGACUCUGGUACUUAACCUGGUUUUGACAGCAAGCGACAAUCAGGCUGACUACCGCUGUGAUGCCACAAAUGAGGCAAUGAAAACAAUCUCUGCACAUGCUAAGCUCCUAGUUCAAUUUAAAGCAGUAAGCAUGAAGAUAACAGCCAAACAAGAGGAGCUGCGUCCAGGACAGGAGAUUAAUCUGGAGUGUCUUUCUGGGAGCAGCAACCCAAAGUCUAACAUCUCCUGGAGUGUGGGCUCAGUGAGGUAUCAGGGAGUGGAAGAGACACCUACAGAUUCGUUGUUUGGGGGUGUUUCUGUGCUCAGUAGGCUACACCUAAAGCUGACUUCGAAGCACCACAACCAGAAGGUGAUCUGUCAGGCCUACAGCCCUGUGUUGAAAGAGGGUUCAAAGACAUUUUACCACCUGAAUGUACUAUAUCCUCCUGAAUUCAGUCCUGAGAAGGCAACAGAAGUCCAGGUGGUGGAGGAUGACGUGGCUAUCAUCCCCCUGUUGGUCUCAGCUAACCCUGAGGUCCUCUCCUGCAUUUGGCAUCACGGCAGACAGAUGCUGGUCAAAGGGGAGGAUCUACGCCACAAGUGGACAGAUGAUCACUCUCUGGAGAUUAGAAAUGUGACGAGGAAAGAUGCCGGCAUUUACACCGUCAAAUGUGAAAAUGAUGAAGGUGUCAACCAAACUACUUUCACGCUGGAUGUUCUUUAUGGUCCCAAUGUCAAGGCGGAGAAAGACCCUGUGUUCGUUAACCAAGGAGGAAUAGCAGACCUGAUAUGUGUGGCAGAUGCCAACCCCAUUAUACCUGACAUGUUCUCUUGGAAAUGGCUAGGAGAGGAAGAGGUGGAGAUGGGAGAGGAGACCCAGGAAGAUGAAUCAAGCCUUCUGACCAUUCAUAAUGUGACUCGGGCUCACGCUGGUUUUUACCAGUGCACGGCCAGUAAUAGCAUAGCACUCCCUGCCAGUGUGGAGAUGCAGCUUGUAGUGCAAUUCACACCAGAGCUUUGGAAGGGGCCACAGUGGUCGAAGGUUGCCAGUCGGGGAGAUGGCACUACCACAGCUGAGUUGGUGUGUCAGGCAGAAGGCAUUCCUCGUGUAGAAUUUAUCUGGGGGAAAAAAGGGAUGCUCAUUGAUUUAGCCAACCCCAGGUAUGAGGAGAGGACAGUGAGGGAGGGCUCCUUCCACACCAGCACUCUGCGAGUGGUAAAUGUAAGUGCUGCUCUGGACUACGCCGUCUUCAGCUGCACAGCUCGCAACUCACUUGGGGAAGACAAGCUAGACAUCCAGCUCGUCAGCACAAAUCACCCAGAUCCGCCUUCAUCGGUUCGUCAGGUCAGUGUUACCCACGACUCUGUCACUCUAGAGUGGAUCCCUGGCUUUAAUGGGGGCCUACAGCAAAGGUUCCGUAUAAGAUACAUCUGGGACAACUCCAUUAGCUUCAUGUAUGUAGAUGUUGUUCCCCCUGAUACAACAACCUUCACUGUUACAGGUCUGCAGCCCCUCACCACAUACAACUUCUCAGUUAAUGCCCUCAAUGCAAUAGGAGAGAGUGGCUAUGCUGACAAUGGUGCAGUACUGAUCAUCACCACUAAGGAGGCACUAACAUCAGAGGGGGAUCCAUUGGAUGAUGAUGCUCAGUCUCCAAGAGCCCUGACAACCCAUUUGACUGUGGCCUUCACAGUGGUGUUUGGAGUCGUGCUGGUGUUGAAUUCGUUGGGCUGCUUCUUGGGGCGGAAGUGGAAGAACAGGCGUGACAAAACAAAGGCAAAAGGAGACAGGGCCGUAAAUGGACAAAAGCUUGAAGAGGAAAUGUCAAGUCAAUCAACUGCUAGCAACUCCAAUAAGUAUGAGAGCAGAGAAAAAAUCAACAUUGGAGCCCAGCACACCCUCCUCAUUGACUCUGGAUCUGAAACGGAGAGCAACAUCUACGAGAGCUACACAGCGUUUCAGGAAGACUCCCGUUAUUAUUAUCCUGCUGGUGAUUACAAACCUUCCAUGAGUCCACGCCCUGGAGAAAGAAGAGGCCUCGGAGUCAUUGCUGAGAACUUUGAAAGCCAUUUGUAUGAAGAAGUGGGAGAUAGAAGAGUGUACCAGGACAUUACUCCCUACCCUCCCUUUUUCUCUGAGCGCAGACAAACCCAGCAAAUGGAGGACUUGAAGUCAUCAACAUUCCCUGAGAAACCCGGCCAGUUUAUGGAUCAUCAACAUCCAGAGAGGGAUUAUGAUCUGCCCUUCGAAUUGAGAGGAGAAUUAGUCUAGAGUGGGACAAUGACAUCAAUUCAACCACUUCUUCAACCCCAUGCAUUUAGGAAAAUUUUGUAAAGGAUUAUUCACUUGUCUUAAUUAUUUUGUAUCUUCUCAGGCUUGAUUCAAUUAACAUAUAAAAUGAGUUGAUUAAGAGAAAAAUACAAGAUAUUUGAUUGAUUUAUGUUAUCAUUACUGCCAUUUUUUUUGCCUUACUUUUUCUCCCUAAAGGAAUAAUUGAUCUAAUGUACAGGGUUUCAUUUUACUCUGGCCCUGAACAAAAGGAAGUGAGGCUGUUACAAUGAUUUGCAAAACAAACAACAACAACAAAAAAAACAAUGAAAGCUUCUGUCGCCUCGAUGCAGUCAGGAAUGUCAAAAUGAUAGAAUUCCCUUUCCCUCAAUACAGAUACCAAUAGCAUACUAUAAGCUUAUUUUUCACUUUUAUUCCCCUUUUCAAGGCCCCUUUCACCUUGUGAGUCUUUCUUUGAACCGAGUCAUGGUCUCUAGCCAGAGCCCCCCCACCCCUCUCCUGCUUGCCUGCAGGUAGACAUAAAUCAGCCGGUUAGAGACAGAAAUGAACUGACAUGUUUGCGGUUGGCACUGGAGCAGAAGCAACAAAGGCUCAUGGUGCCACCCAAGCAGACAUCAUCCUUUUGACCCAUCUGACAUUAACAUUUUCCAGUGUGUAUCCAGAUGAGAACCUGAUGACAGCGCCUUCCCUUCCUCUCUCCCCCCCAUUGACUACAAAGACUUUCAGAUCUGACAGCUGGUCUUAUGGAGUCACUAUAAUGGGAUCGUAUUGAGCAGUAUUUAACACAAUUAUGCUUUAAGAAGAGAUAAGCCAUAUCUGUGACCAAACCUUAUAUAAGUGUUUUUUUUAUUUUACUUGGGUACUGGUAUAGUGGAGA